AUGGACGCUACCGAACAAUCCGCCGCUGAGAAUCAGCUCCAAUCUGCUCUCUGGUCCGAAAACGGUUCACUUAACCGUGAGACUUUCCGACAAGAUGUGUCAUGGAACGAUGUUUCUUCUACAAACGUUCUUUCAAUAUCUACGCAUUUUGUACUUGAGGAGCAAAUCAUGGAAAUUCGUUGUCCAAGUGUCACACCAGAGGCUGUUCUCAAGGCAUCUAGACAUGUUGAUAAGUUUACUGAUCUUAAGGAAGGUAAUGAAUUGGAAGAUGUUCUUGCUAAUUUGGAAGGUUAUACUACUGAAGUGCUUGGUGCUAAGAUCAAAGAGUAUCGAAUCACUGCUCCAUACACGAAGAACACACUUUCUGAUCCUUAUCCGUCUAAUUUGAUGUUUCAAACAUCCAUUGGUCCUUCGGCUCUUAAUACCGGUUACAUGCGUCUUGAAACUGCUCAAGGUAUUUUUAUGAACUUUAUGGAGUUCUAUACUUACAAUGGAAGAAAACUUCCCUUUGCCGCUACUCAAGUUGGUCAAGCCUUUAGAAACGAGAUAUCUCCUCGUCAAGGUCUUCUUAGGGUUCGUGAGUUCACAUUGGCAGAAAUUGAGCACUUUGUUGAUCCUGAUGAUAAGUCACAUCCUAAAUUCUCUCAUGUAGCAAAUUUGGAAUUCCUUAUGUUUCCAAGAGAAGAAAAAAUGUCUGGCCAAUCUGCCAAAAAACUUUGCUUCGGUGAAGCUGUUGCCAAGGGAACUGUGAACAAUGAAACUKUAGAAACUUGUUAUUACUCCUGUGAAGAAAGAACUGAGCCUUGCAUUCAAGAGAAUGUGGUUGAAUCUUUGGAGGCAAUGAAUCAGCAAGAACCUAUGGAGAUGAAAGCAACCCUGGAAUCCAAAGGAAAAGUUGAAUUCUACGUGUGUACACUCACGAAAAACGUGAUCAUCAAUAAAAAUAUGGUGUCAAUCUCAAAGGUGAAUAAGAAAGAGCACCAGAGAAAAUUCAAUCCUUCAUUGAUUGAACCAUCUUUUGGUAUUGGUCGGAUCAUAUACUGUCUCUACAAGCACUGUUUCAGUACAAGGCUGAGCAAAGCACGGGACGAACAGUUGAACGUGUUCCGUUUCUCUCCUCUUGUAGCACCUAUCAAGUGCAUGGUUGUCCCGCUUGUUCGUAACGAACAAUACGAGAAAGUAACUCAAGGCAUCUCCAAGGAACUAACUUCUUUUGACAUCUAA